AUGUCGACUUCAACAACCCCCUCGUUUACCGAGUACAAGAUCCAAUCAUCCCUCCCGUCAUCGCCUUCCAAGCUCUCGGACCGGAAGGCUCUCUUGACCGCUUCCGUCCUGGACCUCUUUGCAGGGUACCCGAGCAAGAGGAAGUUGUCGUUGUGGACCGAUGAUGCCGUGUUCAGUGACAGCCUGACCAUCGCGACGGGACGCAGACAGUACGAGGCUCAGUGGUACGGUCUCAAGGCUGUCAUGGCGGACAUAGUGCAGGAGGAGGUGGCCCUCAAGAACGUCGGCAACCCGAUGGAACUGCAUCUCAGGACAAAGUACAAAGUCAAGGCCGUUGGAAAGGAGCAGGUCAUCGAUUCCACGGUGGUAGUGCACAUGACUGAUGACAGCGACGGCGCAAAGAUCACGAAGGUCGAGGACAAAUGGGGCGGAACACCGCCGCCUGACGGAUUCUUCUCCAAGGCCAUGAGAAAUCUCAAUUCGGUCACUGUACCGGGGUUCGUGACGGUGCCCAAGUCAAUCGAGGAAGAAGAGGGCACAGUUUGA